UGUUAAAACGUCAGCAUGGAAAGAAAGAAGAGCUCAGUGUGAAGAAGUAACGGAAUGUAUGAAAGAGCGAGUCAGGAGGAAGAAGUACAGAUUCCGGUAUGGCGGACGAGACACUAACUCUUUUAAUUAAGUUGUUAGCUGCUGCUUUCUACGGCACGAGUUCUUUCCUGAUAGUGGUGAUAAACAAGAGCGUUCUGACUAACUACAGGUUCCCCUCAUCAAUAUGCCUUGGAAUUGGCCAGAUGCUGGCCACGGUGGUGGUGCUGUGGGUGGGAAAGGCUUUGCGGGUAAUCACUUUUCCGGAAUGGGACCUUGGCGUUCUCAGAAAGACCUUUCCUCUACCUCUUCUGUAUGUAGGAAAUCAAGUAACUGGGCUGUUUGGAACAAAAAGGCUUAAUCUGCCGAUGUUUACAGUGUUGAGGAGAUUUUCUAUUCUCUUCACAAUGCUUGCUGAAGGCUUAUUAUUAAAGAAGAAGUUUUCCAGAGCAGUUCAGCUCACUGUAUUUACCAUGAUUGUUGGGGCUUUUGUGGCUGCAAGUGCAGACCUGUCCUUUGACCUGGAGGGCUAUGUGUUUAUCCUAGCGAACGAUGUCUUAACUGCUGCUAAUGGAGCCUUCGUGAAACAGAAAUUGGACUCUAAGGAGCUGGGAAAAUAUGGUCUACUCUAUUACAACGCUUUAUUUAUGAUCCUGCCAACGCUGCUUCUGGCACAUGUCACUGGAGACCUGGACAAGGCUCUGGAUUAUGACGGCUGGUCAGAUGCACUUUUUGUGGGACAGUUUAUCAUGUCUUGCAUAAUGGGGUUUAUAUUAAUGUACUCCACUGUGCUGUGCACUCAGUACAACUCUGCAUUAACUACCACCAUAGUUGGCUGUCUGAAGAACAUAUUAAUCACUUAUAUUGGAAUGGUGUUUGGAGGGGAUUACAUUUUCUCAUGGACUAACUUCAUUGGUCUAAAUAUCAGUAUUGCUGGUAGUCUGGUCUACUCCUAUAUAACAUUCACAGAGGAACACGGUACCAAACAGGGCGAGAGCAUUAACAAACUGGAGGUCAAGGGCAGAGUGGCUGUAUGACGAGUGCUGUAUUUCUACAAGGGAACAGUAUUAUUAUUAUUAUUAUUGACUUUAAACUUUGGUAAGCCGGCAUGUCAUGAUAUACAAGGACUGACAUGGACAGAAUGUUCACCUAUGGAUUGACGGUGAGAAAGGACGGUACACCUUCAAUAAAAAAUGCGGGGAAAAAAUUCCGUUUUUGAAGUGUAAGAUAAGCUCUGGAUUAGGUCAUUAUUUAUUGUCUCAGAACUUUUUGUAUUUUAGUAAACAAGAAGAUCUGUACUGUAUUUUGAACACUCAACUUGAAUUGCAAUAUUUUAUAGUGAGACGACAGGUUGGCAGUGUAUGCCAUGUUUGUGUGUGAAUGUACCACAUACGUAUGUGCUACUUAAAGUGAAUUUAAGUAGAAUAUUAUCGUUAUAAAGCAAACUGUUGGUGCUGACACGACAUUUGGAAGUGUUGUGCAGUGACCUGUUUUGGUAUCGAUGAUCUGUUAUGCUGUUUUAAGUGAGCUUAACCGUUGCACUUUAACAGGUCACAGGUACUUUGUUACUUUAAUAACAUGGAAGUGUUUACUUAAGUGUGUUUUAAAACUGCAUUAGUGAUUAGAGCAGCAGAACAAUGGAUGUAUGUUCUCCAUACAUCAGGCUUAAUAUUAUUGGUACUUUUUGACCAAGUCAAAUUGUAAAGGUGUGUUCACUCAUUGCUAUCUAGAUGUUAUACAUCUGGAACCUCUGUAUGUAAUUUGGCUGUAUCCAGUCCACAUUAUUUCAACUACAUGCAUGACAAAGACUUUAUUAUAUUGUGGCUACUAAAAGUUUGCAAUUUGUUUGAUGUUUUUUUUUCCCAUAUAUAUUCUUUACUUUUUUAAUUAGAAUGUUGUAUAGUAACGUAGGAUUUCUUAGAAUGUGCAUUUUUGUAUUAAUGUUUGUCAGAUAUUUAACAUUUUUACUAUUUUCUAAGGUCAUACGUAUCUCUAGUAGCUCAGUGAUUAAGUAAGAACCUGGCUCAGACUUUUCUGCAUUUUGUAUUUUUGGUUAAUUAUUUUAUCUUAAAAUAUUGUUAAUAAGCACUGAAAUCAUUUGUAUGGAAUACACAUGAUUUAGUGCUUGUAUAAAGGUGAUUCUUGUAUUUUUUUGUUUUACUAGUCUGUUCACUUGCUGUUGCUCAGUGUUUAUUAGUUGGAAACUGAGCUUGCAUCUUUAUUACAUUAAAUACCUCAGUUUUCUGUUA